AUCAUACUAUCUACCCGACCAAUGCUGUCUACUCUCUCUACUUGUUAUACAACUCGCUCCUUUCCAUAGUAACCGAUUUCGAGUCAAUUCUAUAAUAAUACGAAACGGUAUCUUAAUACCUAAUUCCGUCCAUCAUUCCAUCCUUUCGUUACCUAUCAUAUCCCUCGAUCCCUCCGAGCAACCAUACCACACCCCCCUUCGCUUACACCAGCAAGCGCCCGGCCAACAAACCGACCCAAUCACUAGUACCCCGGCAAUAUUUUUCUAAAAAAUCACUCGACGAACGUCACUUCCGACUAAGUGAAGCAAAUCCAAGCACAACAAAUCUUUGGCCUCUGGUCCAAGCAAAACAACAUGUCGUCGCCAUUGAAGAAACAGCCUGAGGCUGUUGCAGAUAAAGUGCUCAAACGAGUGGAAGUUAGCAAGAUUGCCCGAAAGUUACAAGGUCGGUUGGCUCUGGCAUCGUUCAAAACCAAGCAUGGGUGGGAAGACUUGACACUCGAUAAGAUUGAGCCCAAGUAUGAGGAGGAGAUCCGAAGAAAACGCCUCGUCGACGGCGAUGUCCUAUCCGACUCUUCCUCCAGCACAUCCGAAUUACCGUAUCCCAGUAGUAGAACACUUAUGAGCUCCCCGCUCAAAGCCCCUCUCUUUUCAGAUGCCAUCGGAUCCAGCAAUGGCAGUACCGGUCAUCGCAAGCGCACAUAUAACAUGGCACAGUUCGAAAUGAGCAUGUCUAGUCCUACUAAGCGAUUUCGUACCACGCCUGCCGCACAUAAAUCCAUGAACAAUGGUCAUAAUUCCUGGAGAGCACAUCGCCAACUGACACAAUCUUCUCCUAUUAAGCCACGAAGGCAACCACACUUUACUACUUCUACUGGACCCGAUAUUUCCUUUUUCCAAAGUUCACAUCACCCUUCCGUGGACUUUACAUCACAAAACUUCGCGGCGCAUUCGGAUGAUGACGAUGACCUCUUACCUUUACAUUCCUUUGCGGUUCACCAUGAUCACUCAUCACCGCCUCGAACACCGCCUAUGCGCAGUAGAGCACUAAAUCGGCGAGGUAAAGGUGCCGAGGAUGGGCAAAAGACUGGCGAAGAAGGCGCAGAUUUGUUGCUUUAUCUAGCAACGUCUCCCUCCCCCGCCGUACAUUCUACAAAGACCCGAAUGGAACCCCCAUCUACACCACCUCCGAAGAAGGAUCUUGCGCUGCCGUCGUCGAUGAUGACAACGCCUGGUGGAGGUAAUCUUUUCCCAACAACACCAAGUCAGCCUUUCGAUAUAUCGGACUUCGUCAAUAUCACACCCAGCCCGGCGCAAAAGCCAUGGAAGACACCGCUGUCGCUUAGAACUCCAACAGCGAAGACCCCCUUGAGUGGAGCAAGACGUCGGUUAACGUUUGACGAACCUAUACCGGGGCUACCCUGAGCUCGGCAGGUCCGAACACUACGGUGACAACUAUCUUUCUUACUCUCAUUACUUCCCCCUUUGGACACUACGUCCCAACUAUGACUUAUUCUUCGAUCCCUACUGUGCUUACCUACGCACAUACGACAUACCCGGCUCUCGCCAUGAUUUUUAACUACUAUACUUUUAUUGGAACGGAAUGGAUGGAUGGAUUGACGGAAUGAACCAAACCUACCGGUCGACUUGAUUU